AUGAUAGUUUUAUUGAUCCCAUUGUUUGUCUGGCUAUUUGUUUCGAUAAUUGAUGUUUUCACAGUUGGCUGGCUCCCUUAUAUUUUAUCCAUUAGUUCAAUUGCUGUUGAUCUCCGAGUGAAUCUUGUCACCUGCUAUUUCUACUAUACACAUCCAGUUUUCAAGAAACAAGAAAUGGAACCAAAACAAGGGACACUUGCCAAAAUUAGCUCUGCUAGCAGAUAA